CUUUGACCUCUCCCCAUGACCUUCCAGACUGACUUGAGUGAUCUGGACUUGGAGACUCUGGCUCCCUACAUCCCCAUGGAUGGUGAGGACUUCCAGCUCAAUCCCAUCUGCCCGGAGGAACCGUCAUCUGAGAUCGGAGCCCUGAGAACCAACCAGCAGAGCUUCAGCAACAUCACAAGCCUCUUCCAACCCUUGAGUUCCCCUUCAGCAGCCCACUUCCAGCCCAACAUGAGUUCAGGAGGGGACAAGCAGAGCAUCAACAGAGGCUCUGUGGAGUCCUGGCCAUCUGUACCCUACAGCAGGGGCCCCAUGCAGAUGCCUCCCUACCAUGACCCCGCCAGCACCCCGCUGUCCUCUAUGGGAGGCCGUCAGAAUCUGCAGUGGCCGCCUGACCCUCCGUUACCCAGCAAGGCUGGAAUGAUGGAUCCUUUAGCUGCAAAGCGCUCUUGCCAAACUGUGCCAGCAAAUCGAAUGGCGCCUUAUUUGCAAAGGCCCAUGGAGAACUUUGUGCAGAACUACAGAGAUAUAAGUCCAGCUCGACUUGCUCUUGCUAACAAUUUCAAGCGCUCCUUCACACAGAUGACAAUGAGUGAGACGCCCCCCACAAAAUCACAACACACAAUGUGGAAGAGACUUCGAAAUGAGAGCUGUGCCGUCAUGGACAGGAAAUCACUCAGCACUAGCGCUUUGUCAGGGUCACAAAUGUAUUUCUAUCUAGACAAAGACAUGGCCCAUAAUGGAGGCAUGGACCAGCAGCACAGGAAGACCCAGUAUUCGGGGAAUCAGGCCGGACAGGCGACAAAACGCCAUCAAGAACAGUGCUGUAACUACAGAGAGUUCAACAUGCAGCCUUCCUCCAAAAUGGAUGGAGUUGUGAGUCGUCUUAUCGGGCCCUCCUUUGAGACCUACUUUCUGCCUGAACUGACGCGUUACGACUGCGAGGUCAACGUCCCGUUGCAAGGCAAUCUUCAUUUGCUGCAGGGCAGUGACCUCCUAAGAGCAUUAGACCAGACCACUUAAACCGGUUUCUCCACAGCAAUGCAGUCCUACUUUACCCGACCCUAACACUCAUCUCAUAGCCACCAUCCUGACAAUAAGCAUCCCAGCUUUAGCACAUCCCACAAACACCCUCUCACAGUCAUAUCUACCUGAGCGCAUACAUGGCAAAUGUAGCUUUGAUUCUAUUUUUAUUGUCUACAUCUUCAUAAAUUAUAUACAUGUACUAUUUUUUUUUUAGUUACAAGACAGUUUCUGAAUGAAUUUAAGUGUUUUUGGAGGAGUUAAAAUUUUGCUCCGUUUUGUCUUCAGCUGGCUGUCUAUUUCUCUGCUUGUCAGAUCGUUUC